GCUUACUACUCAACUCCCAUGGGUGAAGAUAUUGAAACCAACGGCGGAUGCUACUGUGGGCAACUACGCUACACAGUUAAAGGCCUACCUCUUCUAAGCGCCUAUUGUCACUGCACACUCUGUCAGAGGCUCAACGCCGCAGCGUUCAUUCACACCCUCCAUUUCGCCAAUUCAGCUUUUGCCUGGACUCGAUUCGAAGGGGGCGAAGUCCGCAUAUACGAGGUUGCGGAUAAACCAUGGAAAAAGCGACAUCGUUGCGCGAACUGCGGUUGUACAGUCGCCUCAUACAACGCAAAGAAGGAUGAAUGGAGUGUUUGGGGUGCACAGUUGGACAGAGAUAACGCAGGGAAGAGAAUGAACUUGGAGAAAUUGAAGCCGACUGCGCAUACUUUCUACGAGACCAGGAUGGUUGAUAUUGUUGAUGACCUGGGCAAAUGGGAUGGAUACGAAGGCUUAUCAAACAGACUUCCGAUGUAAUCUGAGAGAAUGACAGAAAGAAAUACCAUUAUGCCAUGAC